ACUGCGGCGUGCAUUCUACCUGCGAGGAAUGGCUUUCACAGCUCAAUGAGAAUCCUCCGAUUACCCGAAUCGGAGGAAGUGAAAGAGCAAAGGUUGUUCUCCAGUACGUGACAGAAUGUCGCCACGAUAUUGGCGAACCGAUUGACGCAUGCGUCGCCGACGAUUCGCCGCAAUUUUGGAAUCUUGUCAACAAACAUCUCACUGUGCGCCCUUAACCCGUAAGUCGAACUAGCCUUUCGCACGCUCGCAACUCUGUUUUUUUCCACGUCGUGGCGUGAUCGUCUACCGUCUACGAUAUUCAUCUGGUUGAAACGUUUAGUCGACAGGAAUCUAGUGGAAAGAUAAUAUCGAUGGAGUAUACGUACGUCUGCGCGAAGGGGAUGAACGUCGUUUUCAAAGUGUGAUCGUGUGCAGUGAAUAAUAUCUUAUUAAAAGUGAUUUUCUCAGAAAGUUUGAAUCGCUGAUGAGUUGAAAAUAAUUUAAACAGCUGCGUAUACACGUGCUACAAGAUGGAUGAGAUAGAAACUGAAACCGAUCGGUCGAUUGCUGCCACGCUCUCCAAAAGUAUUGGCUUCCAACGUAUCGAGGUCAUUCUCGACCAUCCUCAGAAGGUCUGUUACAGCGGAAAUCAGAUUUCAGGGAACGUACGCUUAGAUCUGGAUGAACCAACAAGUGCUUUAGGAAUUAGACUUAAAUGCAAGGGAGAAGCUCAGGUGUAUUUUACCGAUCGAUCGGCUGGAAUUCGACGUAAGUUCUCGGCGUUCGAGAAUUAUCUUCACGUGGAGACGUAUCUUGCUGGCGAUGGCAAAGAAAAGAUUAUGAUAACUGGAGGCGUCUACCCGUUCAGCCUAACGCUACCAGAGAACUUGCCGUGCAGCUUCGAGGGCCGAUACGGACGAGUACGGUACUCGAUUAGGGCAUUGUUGGACGUAACGACCAUUUAUCGGUUUUCCACCAAUAUUAUUCCAUUCACGGUGGCACCCAUUCUUGACCUUAAUCGCGAUCCUCUCGCUCCCUUGCCAAUAAGUAUCAAACAAUCCAAGAUGUAUAUUGGCCAAACGGAACCGAUCAGCAUGUCCAUGACUGUUCCAGUUCGUGGUUACGUGCCUGGCCAGACUAUACCGAUUAAGAUUGUCGUGACGAAUCCCACCACCGUCGUCGUUACGAAAAUCAGAGUCGUUUUUAAAAAAGUGGUGUCUUAUCGUUCGACGGAAAAGUCGCGUAAGCACAAAGAAAUCGUAGUAGAAGUAGAACAGCCCGUUAAUAAAGACUCCGAUACGUACGAUGUCACGUUUGACGUUCCUGCAGUACCACCCACCGGGAUGAUCCACUGCAACAUCAUCGACGUUCUAUACACGCUUAAAGUCGAGGCCUGCGUAGACGUGAGCGAGUGGUACUACAGAAUGUUUCAGAAGAACUUGAAACUGCGAACAAAUAUAGUAGUCGGCACUGUGCCACUUCAAAAUUACGAAAUUCCACAAAAAACAGCCGACGUGACGGAAGCUUUUUCAUUUCAUCCCCCGUGCACUAUGGCUACGGAAGAAUACGCCAACGACACGCCGCCGUUGAAAAACAUCGAGAGAGAGGAAACUGCGAAACCAAGUUUGUCUUUGCCGCUGUACGAGAAAAGUCAAAUAUAUCGAUCCUCGAAACCGGACAGAGACGAUCCCACGGGAGACGAUGGUGACAGCGACGGAGAGGUCAAGCCAUACUCGCCUAUGUAUCGCGUGUACACGUUCGAAUCAUCGCAGAAGAAGGACCGUUAGAUAAGUGCUUGACUUCGUAACUAGAAAAAGAGAGGAAGAGGGAGAAGCUUGCUUAAUUAUUCGUCCAAGGAUUCGCCGUUUGUUAGCGGUGUCCGCAACGGAUCGCUGAAGAAGAAGAAGAAAAUUGUGAUGCAUCGUUGAAAGUAAAAAAUAAUUGUUCUUUCCAGAAAUUGUAUACAUUUUAACCGAGGCGUGCACAAAAGUGUACGCGUGAAUUUUACGUCCAUUUUCGUGCUUUAUCGAUCGACCGAUUGCCUUCGAUUCUUGCCUUUGAUUUUUUAUUUCCUACAUACGAAAGAAAAGAAGGGAAAAAUAGUAAAAAAAAAAAAAGCAUCAUUAGAAACAUCGAGUGAGAUAUGAAAAUCCGUUGGGACCAACCUACGCAGCUAAUUAAAUUCCUUAAUCAUGCGAGAUAACUUGCGGGCAAAGUAAUUCUAUAAUAAUUGUCAGGCCGUGCAACAUCGGAUAUCGUCGAAACGAAGUUUGCGAAACAACUAAACACGUAUUGCUUUAAUGUUCAAUGAAAACAUUCUCGAUGA